AUGUCUGCAGACUGCCCAACGUCUUCCCGAGAUGCUUCUUCCUCUUACAGCACGUUGUGCACCAGCCCCGAUGCUUCAGCCUCUGCGGAUUUAAUCAAGGUUGCUCUGCUCAUGUCCAGUGUCAACCAUAUUCCUUUUGUCUACAGAUCUGACAACAGAGGGAAGAGCUUCCUGGGGGGAGCUGCCCAGACUCAGGCCCCCUUUGUUGUGUCUCCAAAUCCUCCCUUCCAAUCCUGGCACUUUGCAGAAGGCUCUGUGUCCCCACUCAGCGAUGGCACCUUGCUUGUUCCGAAUGAGCCACAGGAGGGCUCCCAGAGGUUUCCUGGAAUGCAGAAGCAGGUGGAGAACCCAAGGUGCAAGGAGCUGCUGGGAUCUUUCAGUAUAAAGAAACUGGUGACGACCCUGAAUGUGGGGCUUCAGAGCAGAAAACUGGGUGUAGGUCUAGACUCCUGUCCUCUGGCCCAGUCUGGGAUCCUCUAUAAUCCUCUGCAGGCCUGUUUGGAUGAACGAUUUCCCUUACCCCGCCCCCUGGCCUGGGAAUUUGCCUCUUGGGAAUUAGGCUCCUCAUUUAAUCUGAGCCAUGAAGAGGCCAUGAAACUAACCUUGGCUGAUCAAGGCAAAGUACACUCCUCUGUACUGAUCCAAGACCAAGAGCAUCUGGGGCUGCAAAGGUCAAAUGUAUCCAUCAGGAUUAGACAACUGGAAGGACCUAAGGAUGGUUAUACCAAUGGGGAAAACAGUGACAUGACCCUCCAUCCCAACUACUCAACUGUUGGAGGCAGCGAAUAUGUGACUCUCCAUCCAGACUACAUCAACAAUGGGUCUGUAGCCUUGGCAGUUCCUUCAACCCAGAGACCCCUCGUUGUUUUACAGGAGGACGCCGUGUUACAGUCCUUAGACCCACAGCACCCUACUUCCAAGCACCAGGAAGAAAGGGUGGCCAUUCUGACACUACAUGCCAAAAUUCAGUGUCCUGGGGGACUGUGUCAGAUCAGGCCCCCCUGGCCAAACCCCUGUCGCCCACAUCUGUAUCUAGCCGGCGGCCGGGGACGCACAGCGCGGCGCGUUCCAUCGCCACGCCGCCGCGCAGGCCCUCCAUCUUCCUGCCCAGCCUCCUGGCCCCGCUCGGCCCUGCCUGGGGGGUCGGCUUCUCUCUGGGGCUCCUGCCCUUCCCCACCUCGGGCCUCCGCGGCUCCCCUGCCCGGUCCCCCUCCCCCGCCACACACGCUGACACGCGCGGGCGAACAUACACACACUCACACUGACACGCCAGCGAGCUGCUGGCCGCUCAAUGGACCGAUUUCCCUGCUUCCCUUGAUCCCAGCCCAGCCCGGGAUGAGAAAUUGCAAAAUGGCCCGGGUCGCCAGUGUGCUGGGACUGGUCAUGCUCAGCGUCGCCCUGCUGAUUUUAUCGCUCAUCAGCUACGUGUCCCUGAAAAAGGAGAACAUCUUCACCACUCCCAAGUACGCCAACCCGGGGGCGCCCCGAAUGUACAUGUUCCACGCGGGAUUCCGGUCACAAUUUGCGCUGAAGUUUCUAGAUCCGUCAUUUGUGCCCAUUACGAAUUCUCUGACCCACGAACUCCAAGAGAAACCUUCUAAGUGGACAUUUAAUCGGACAGCGUUUUUACAUCAAAGGCAAGAAAUUCUUCAGCAUGUCGAUGUAAUAAAAAAUUUUUCUUUGACCAAGAAUAGUGUUCGGAUCGGACAACUGAUGCACUAUGAUUAUUCCAGCCAUAAAUAUGUUUUCUCUAUUAGCAAUAACUUCCGAUCACUGCUUCCAGAUGUGUCACCCAUUGUGAAUAAGCAUUUUAAUAUUUGUGCUGUGGUUGGAAAUAGUGGGAUCCUGACAGGGAGCCGGUGUGGACAAGAAAUAGAUAAGUCAGAUUUUGUUUUCCGUUGCAAUUUUGCCCCUACGGAGGCUUUCCAAAGAGAUGUUGGAAGGAAAACCAACCUUACCACCUUCAACCCCAGCAUUCUGGAAAAAUAUUACAACAAUCUUUUGACCAUUCAGGACCGUAACAACUUUUUCCUGAGUUUAAAAAAGCUCGAUGGGGCCAUUCUUUGGAUCCCUGCAUUUUUCUUCCACACUUCAGCAACUGUUACCAGGACAUUAGUUGACUUUUUUGUUGAACACAGAGGUCAGUUAAAGGUCCAAUUGGCUUGGCCUGGAAAUAUAAUGCAACAUGUCAACAGGUACUGGAAAAACAAACAUUUGUCACCCAAACGGCUGAGCACAGGUAUUCUCAUGUACACCCUUGCGUCAGCGAUGUGUGAAGAGAUCCACUUGUAUGGAUUUUGGCCUUUUGGAUUUGACCCCAACACAAGGGAAGAUCUUCCAUACCAUUAUUAUGACAAAAAAGGGACCAAAUUUACCACCAAGUGGCAGGAGUCACACCAGCUGCCUGCCGAGUUUCAGCUGCUGUACCGAAUGCAUGGGGAAGGGCUCACCAAGCUGACUCUGUCACACUGUGCCUAA